AAAUUCCAGCGUGACGUCAAACAUCUGCGCUGGGUCUACCACACGUGUUGUUUUCAUUAGGUCCGAUUAACUUGGACUUUUUUUUUGUUGCCGAGUUCCCGACUGCGUAAAAGAUGGGGAAGAAACUCAAAGUUGGAAAGACCAGAAAAGAUAAAUUCUACCACCUGGCUAAAGAAACAGGUUACCGCUCUCGCUCCUCGUUCAAAUUGAUUCAGCUCAACCGUAAAUACCAGUUUUUACAGAAAGCCAGAGCUUUGGUUGACCUGUGCGCUGCUCCUGGUGGUUGGUUGCAAGUGGCUUCCAAGUUUAUGCCUGUUUCAAGUCUUAUUAUUGGUGUUGACUUGGUUCCCAUAAGGCCCAUCCCCAAUGUAGUGACUCUGCAAGAGGACAUAACCACUGAGAAAUGUAGACAGGCAAUUCGGAAGGAGCUUCAAACCUGGAAAGUGGACGUUGUGUUAAAUGAUGGCGCUCCGAAUGUGGGAGCCAACUGGCAGCACGAUGCCUUCACCCAAGCUCACCUGACCCUCAUGGCCCUGAAGUUGGCCUGUGAAUUUUUGACGAAAGGCGGCACUUUUGUCACCAAGGUCUUCCGCUCCAAAGACUACCAGCCUCUCCUCUGGAUCUUCCAGCAGUUUUUUAAGAAGGUCCAGGCCACAAAGCCGCAGGCAUCGAGGAACGAGUCCGCUGAGAUCUUUGUUGUCUGUCAAGGUUUUGUUGCACCAGACAAAAUAGACAACAAAUUCUUUGACCCCAAACAUGCGUUCAAAGAGGUGGAUGUGCAGGCCAAGACUGUGAGGGACCUCAUGCCUGCGGAGGGAUACACAGAUGGGGAUCUGACUCUGUACCACAGCUUCACAGUCACAACUUUUCUCAAAGCUGAAAAUGCAGUAGACUUUCUGGGAAAAGCCAGUGAGAUCACCUUUGACAAUCCGGUGGUGGAGUCUCACCCAUUCACCAGUAAUGAAAUAAAAGAGUGCUGCCGGGACAUUAAAGUCCUGGGACGCAAAGAACUCCGCCUGCUGCUAAACUGGAGGACCAAACUUAGAAGGUACCUGGCAAAGAAACUGAAGGAGGAGGCCAAGCAGCUCAGCCAGGAGAUCAGUUUAAGCUCUGACGAAGAAGCGAACAAUUCAGAAGAGGACACAAAGGACAAAAAGGUGGAUGAGGAGGUGAAAGACGAUGAAGAUGAGGAGGAACAGCUGGGGAAACAACUGGCAGAGCUGAAGGCAGAGGAGGUGGCUGACCUCAAACGAAAGAAGAGAAAGCUGUUAAAUGAGAAGAGGAAGCAGAGGGAGAGAGUGGAGCUGAAGAUGGAUCUGCCCGGUGUCUCCAUCGCCAGCACCACAGACUCAUCCUUGUUCUCCCUUUCCACCAUCAAAAAGCCAAAGGCACUGGCUGACAUCUCUAGGGGGGACAUGCAGGGAGCAGAGAGUCUGGCAGAGGGAGAAGAUUACGUUCACCUCUCAGACGAAGAGGAGGACGAUGAGGCAGAUAAGAUGUCCCUGGCGUCUGAUUUAAGCGAAGCGGAUUUGGAGGAGAUUGAACAGAGGCAGAAAGAGAUGGAAAAGAGAGCGCCAAAGAAGAAAGUUAAGUUCGCAGAGGAGGAGGAGGAAGAGGAUGAUGGGGGGGCAGAAGGCGGCCUGCUGGUGGAACUGGAGGGAAAGGACGAGAAGACAGAGCGAGAGACCAACCUCUGGUUCAGCAAGGGAAUCUUUUCUGAGAUUGACAUGGAUGGAGACGAAGAGAGCGAGCUCCAGCAGGCUGAGUUGCUCCAGAGCAGACAGACAGGUCCAUCCCCGCGCUCGGGCUCAAAUGAAAGGGGAAAAAAAGGAAAGCCGAGGAGGCAGAAGAAGAGGAGGAAGUCGCCGUCCCAGCUGUGGAGAAGGCAGGACCCUCGCAGGAAGCCGUGGACGAUAGUGACAGCGAUUCGGAUGACAGCAGCGACGACGAAAUGUAAAACGUCUGACAUAAACGGAAUGAAAAAGGCCAAACAGACCGGUGGGGCGCCAGGAGGAGCCGACAAAGACGAUUUCCAGGUCGUCCCUGUUGAGAGUACCAGUAAGAAAGCCAGGAUCCUGAAUGCAGAAGGCCUAGCUCUGGGCUGUCACAUCGCUACGUCCAAGAAGAGAGCAAGAGACCUGGUGGACGGAUCGUUCCACAGGUUUGCAAACUCUGAGGAGCAGUGGGAUGUGCCCGAGUGGUUCGUGGAUGAUGAACGCAAGCACAGAAGGAGGCCUGUGCCUGUCACCAAGGAAAUGGUGGAGGAGUACAAACAGAAGUGGAAGGAGAUCAACGCUCGUCCAAUCAAGCGGGUUGCCGAGGCCAAAGCCAGAAAGAAGAGGAGGAUGUUGAAGAAGAUGGAGCAAGCCAAGAAGAAAGCAGAGGCUGUUGUCAACACCGUGGACAUCUCAGAACGGGAGAAGAUGUCUCAGCUGAAGACUAUAUACAAAAAAGCCGGCCUGGGGAAGGAGAAGAGAGAAGUGACAUACGUCAUAGCCAAGAAAGGUGCAGGCAGAAAGAUGAGACGGCCCCCCGGAGUCAAGGGAGUCUUCAAAGUGGUGGACAGCCGCAUGAAGAAAGACAUGCGGGGAAUGCAGAGAAAAGAGCAACACGCCAAAGGGGGGAAAGGGGGAAAGGGGGCGAAAGGGAAAGGGAGACAAUCCAAGGGUGGUAAAGGAGGAAUGAAGGGUGGUAAAGGGCGAAGAGGUAAAUAAAACUUAAGCGAAAACAUUUUCACAGUCCUGCCGUCUGAGCAAAAAAUAUACCUGUGUGCAGACCAAGAGCUAUGAUGCUCCUCUGUUAUGGGCAAUGUGAAUUUUAAUACUCAAGUUUAAAGUUAAUUUAUGCCCUGGAGAUGUCAGACAUGUCAUGGAAGUUUUGUCACAGGUGCUGCGGGUACAUAUUUUCUGAAAUGUACAUUGUUGGCCUUCUGCUCCUUAUAUGAAGGGGUUUCACUGAACAGAUUUCAGUGUAAAAACAAUAACUGCAUUCAUACAACUUUGUAAAUAUUAAUUGUAUGUUUAUUGUUUUGCAAUAAAUGUUCUGUUUGAAUUUGUUAAAGCCUUUUUAAUCACUUUUGAUAAGCAAACAUUUGGUCUGUUGAACAAGUGUUGGUAAAAGUGGGAAGUGUGACAGCUGCAGACAAGAUGAUGGAGAAUGGUGGUGGGGCAUAAUGUAGACUCAUAUUUUGUAUACAUGUAAACCACCAUGUAGCUUUCCAUAAAGUUUUGUCUUUAUGGAAAGCUACAUGGUCAAAUAACUGAUAAUACAGCCUUCAGUUAUAUGAGAAGCUUAUACAAUUUGAUGUAAGAGAUGAUGUAAAGAUGUCACUGGUGUUAGAUAUUUUGAAGCAUAAACUUUACCCUGAUAGUCCAUUUUAGGAACAUCC